CGACAAAGAACGGCUUGAACGAGAUUCCGAGGCUGGAACCGGUGUUGGUGUGGCCGUAAGUAUGUGUGUGUCCGUGCGUGUUUAUGUGCCAUGUUUAAGCCAGCCAAGAGCGAGUUUGUUGGCCCGAAUGUGGCUUUACAAUUUUCACAACGUGAGAGAGCCGAGAAAGACGCUGCGCAGUCGCUGUCCCAGUCAGAGUCGAAGACAUUUAGGGAUUACACUUACCGUUACUGUUUCGGAUGCUCGCGGAGGCCCGCGGAACAGAGAGGUUCCACGACACAGAUUAAAAAGUGAAACCUACGCAGAGGUCAAGUUAAAAAAGAGAAGACGGAUCUGAGCGCUGGAGAAUGCGUCAGAAAUGUGGCACUGUCUACACCUGGAACUGUGCUGGGGAGUUGUAUGCCAUCGAGUGCGCCCUCUGCGAGGAGCGGCCGCUUUGCACGCUUAGCGAGUUCACCGCGCAUAUGGAGGUUUGGCACUCCGACUGGGAGGCCGAGGCGGCAGACGCUUCCACCGAUGACGAGGCUUCUUCAUAUGCAGAUUCAGCUGCACCUGCAGCAGCCGUAGAUGAGCUGAUGCAGGAGGUGCUGGCAGAGCAGCGCACCAGCGAAGCGGACAAUGAGUUAAAGCAUCAGCUGGUCCAGCAGCUGAACGCCAUGGAUCAGCCAGUGGCAGAGGCAGAGGUAGAGGUUGGGGCAGAGGUAGAGGCAGAGGCAGCACCAGAACCGACCGUUGUCAGUGAGCAAGUAAAGUUCGCCCUUGAGAACCCCGCGCCUGUGCCGGAGGGCCAGCGGUUGACCACACAGCACGUCAACCAGCUUAUCGAACUGUACCGCGCGGAGCCACGUCUCUGGAACCAGUCGCACGCGCAGUUCCACGAUACGGAACUGUGCCGUAAGUCCUGGCGCCGUAUCACGGACACCUGGAGCGUGCACUGCGGUCGCCGCUUCACUGUCACCGACGUCCGCAUACGAGUCUCCACGCUAUGCCAGCGCUUCAUCAAACAGCGCGAGCGCCUCGAGGCUGACGGUGAGCUCGACGACUCCGUCAAGUUCGUCCACUACGACCAGUUGGGCUUCCUCUGCGAGCAGCAGGCGCUGCUGAAACGCCAGCAGCACUUCGUUCGCGAGAACCGCAAGUUGAUCGAGCUCUAUGAGCAUUACCCGAUCUUCUGGCACAAUGCCCACAAGCGACAGCGAUGCGCGGACACUGUGAGGGGGCGCCACGAGGCGCUCCGCGACCUUCAACUGGCUUUGCGCCUGUCUGGCAUUAAUCUGUCGUCGCUGGUCAUUAAGCGGCGGUUGCAGUCUCUGCGGAAACGAUAUCGCAUGGAGAAGAUACGCUAUCUGCACUGCGUGGUGGAGGGCAAGCAGGCGGAUUUCGUCGCCGGCUUCGAGCACUACGAGGAGAUGGAGUUCCUCCAUAAACACAUUGAUCCAUAUGUGUGCGCUGUCUGCGGCAAGAUCUUUGAGAAUUUAGCGAGUCAUCAGGCGCACGUGCAAAGCAACUGCAAUAUACAGAUGGAAAUGGAUGUUGGCCCAGAGAAAGAAGCUGAAGAUGGGGAGGAUGCGGCGGGGGCCCUGCGGGGGGAGCAGUCGGAACUUGUGCAGAAGGAUGAACAGGAAGUAGACUUUCUUCAGGACGUCGAGUACCCACAUCAGCAGGAACAGAACAUACGGCAGGUGGAGAAUCUCCCUGUAGAGGACCUUCACCCGAGUGCAAUCCUCCAGCAGGCUCCAGGUACUCCUCAAGUGGAGACGAAUGAAGAUCUCCAAAAGCUGGAAAAUAUCCCGCAGGUGACGGAACUUCUGGCGAAUCUCCAGGAGGCGGAUGAGCCUGCACUAGAGCAACCCAUCGUGGAGGGUACAGCAGGUUCUGCCCCCGGCCGCGAUCAGGACACCUCUCUGACCACUUUGUCCGAAGCCUGUUCCACCACGGAACUGGAAGCUUCGUCCGUGGUGCCAUCAGAGUUGGAGCCAAGAGAGAGCUCGCCCGUCCGCCUCAGCCGGCAGCAGACACUAAAGCUGAUCAAGCUGUACCGAGCGAACGUGUGCCUGUGGGAUCCCAACCACCUGGACUACCAUAUCCGCAAACAUCGCCGCCUGGCUUGGCAGAGAGUCACGGACGAGCUAAACACGAGCGAGUGCACAGGCAAGGGCCAGAAAUUCAGCUGGCAGAUGUUGCACCGAAAGAUCACGGACUACACGAAGUAUUACCGCCGGGAGCGACAGAGGGAUCAGAAGGAGACCACUAGCUGGAGCUUCUACGAAGAAUUCCGCUUCCUGGACGACGUGCUUCCCAUCAGCUGUGAAAUACAGAAAACGCUUAACCAGCGGGACAGCACCCUUAAGAUCAUCACCGUAUACCAGAGCUAUGCCCAGCUCUGGUGCACCGACCACCCGGACUACACGAAGCGGCGGCAGCGUCAGCGGCAGCUGGAAUCUCUCUGCACACGCCUGCAGGAGGAGUGCAACCUGCAGAUUACCGUGGAGCGACUCAAGGGCCGGCUGAUCGAAUUCCGCUGCCAGUAUCGGCAGUGCAAGGAAGCGCGGAUAGCGGCCAUCAAGAAGUCCGAACCCUGGACUCCCGAAUACGAGUACUACGAGCAACUUCGCUUCCUCGAGCUCCACGUAUCACCUUUCGUUUGCCCCCGCUGCACGGCCACAUUCAAGCGGCGCACAGACUUCUUGCAGCACGAGCGCAACGUUCACCUGGAUCAGGAGAAGGUCCUGAACGGCGAAUAUGGAUUCGUGAGGCGACGCAGAUGUCGAAAGGACAAGGACAGCCCCAAUGACCUAGCCAACAUCUGCCAUAUUUGCGGCCUAAAGUUCUCGCUGCGCAACAGUCUACUGGCGCACCUGAGGCGGCAUCUCGGCCAGCGCACUCACAUCUGCUCGGAGUGUCCCAAGAAGUUCUUCAACUCGACGGCCCUACGCGUUCACCAGCGCACACACAGCAAGGAGCUGCCCUACGUGUGCGAGCACUGCGCCCGGGGCUUCGUCAACGCCAGCAAGCUCAAUCAGCACGUGAAGCGGCACCGCAACCAACGCGACUUCCCCUGCAACCGCUGCGACAAGGCGUUCUACACUGCCCACGAGCGCGACCGGCACAUUCGCGCCCACCUAAACAUACGCGACAAGGUCUGCCCCCACUGUUCGCGGGCCUUUGUCGUAGGCAGCGCUUACUACUCCCACCUCAACCUCCACCGCAGCGAGAAGCGCUAUUCCUGCGCCAACUGCGGUCGCCGCUUUGCGCAGUACGCCGGCCUGUACAAGCACCGCCGACGCUGUGUUCCCACUGAUGUGCAGGCCGAGGCUUAAUUAGGGACCAGGGAUCCAUCCUAACCCGCCGACUUGGCCGUCCAUUCUUCCAGAUUAUUGUCAUCCAUGCUUAGUUAAUGAAAUUUAGAUUUUUACCACAUCACUGAUGACUAGAAUCCUAUUGGUUUAUUAGACCUUUCCUGUGUCUAGUUUAGUUCGAUUUCUCAUGCACGAAAUUAUAAAUGAAUUCGUACUCGCUUAUCGUUAAUUAAGUAAAUUGAUUGUCCAAAUAUCCAUAUUCAUUUUGUAUAUAUACUAAUACAUUAUUUGUAUAUACAUAUGUAAGUAAAAGGGUCUUUCUGCUACGUGGAACUAAGGCUAGAAAGGGAGAUUCUCAUGACUUUGGCAAGCCGAAGCUUCUGUUUCCCCAAAAUCUUAAAAUUAGAGUGUGUCUUGUUCACUUUUUGUAACAUUUUAAAAUCAAAUCGAUAUUCAGAAAAUAAAUUAAAAUAAAAUAAAGAUUGCGUUCCGUUUAGACAUGUUCUGAACCGAUUUCGAAUAAAUUUCCAAACAGGCUGCGCCUCUUGUUGGGUGUUUUUCACAUAUUGGGAGCGUGACGAACUUUCCAGUUGGUUGAUAUAAGAAUCAUUCAAGCCUAAAAGAGGGUAGGUACUAAUUGUCUAUUUGUCAAUCCACGCUACUUUCCUUCCAUUUCAACAGUUCAAUCUUCCCGCUGCGACGCCUCUAAUGCAGAAUUUCGUUCACU